AUGCCAAACGACAGAAGCAGAUGCUUGUCCUGUCGAGCGCUGCAUGCUAAAUGUACGACUGACCCGGGCCAACGAGUUUGUUCGCGAUGCCGCACUCUGGGUAAAUCGCAGUGCAUCUUUGAAACAACUCAGUUCAAAUUAUGCAAGUCCACAACGAUAGCCGCACAACGUACCGACUUCAUCUAUCGCCCAUCGCAACCAUGGGUUCCAACAGACUGGAAGCUAGCUUUUGUCUUCGAGACUGGCGACGGUCUGGAGAAUAUCGUGCAAACAACAGAAGACGAGUCGAUCGGUGCUUCGGAAAAGGAGGUAUGCACCAGUGAGCAAUUCCCGAAUCCUCAUAGCGACAGAGAUACUGCCCCAAACAGACCCACAGAGUCGGUGAACGCAGCAUCAGAAUCUACUUGGGCAGAACCUCUACACAGUGCCAUAGAGCUUCUAAAUCGUCAACAGCAUAGACCCCCGCAAAUACACGAUUCACCUGAGCAGAUCAUGUCUGCCACGCCUGCAUCAUCAUCAACCAUCCUAUCAUUACCUACAACUCUAGAGGCAGAGGCUUCUCCGGCUGGCACGAGUAUAACAUCUUUCGAGCAUCAGGAUUCUCGUUCCCACACUUCUGGUUCUACAGAUAUCACUACAUCUUCGAUGCGGCCGCUUACGCAUCGUGAAGCAAUCCUCAUUCAUUAUUUCAUCUCCGUGGUCUCACCUUGGCUUGACGUACUACAAGACGUCCCACGUUUUGCCCAAGAAGUGGCCCAAAGAGCCACCAAGUCUCCUAUGCUGCUUUAUGCGAUACUAGCAGCAUCAUCUCGGCACCAGUCACUUGGGAACAACAACUGGCAAGAAGCUUCGGACUAUCUCGGCAAAUGCCUGAAACUAGUCAUUCAGGCUCUUUCACAUCCAGAGGACUGCCACAGCGAUAACCUGCUGAUAACUGUCGUUUGCUUGAGACUCUACGAGUUGUUUAGUCAUGAGACCUUUAGCGCUCUUCACUUGGAUGGACUUGCUUCCCUCUCAAGCGCGAUGCCCGAUUUUCUGAAAGAUGGAGGGUUGGCAGAAGCAGCCGCUUGGAUAGCUCUUAGACACGACGUUUUCAUUGCCAUGAUGAGCAAGCAAGCUCCGAAAUUCAGGCUCGAGGACUUUGAUCAUUCGAGUGUAUUCCAAAGGCGCGCAGACCCUGGUGGCAAGGCUUACAAAAUUAUCCUGAUAUGGGCAAAGAUCUUACGACAUUUGUAUUCGACAGAUCUGAGCGGUCUUUCCACCACUUGGCAAGGCCUUGAAGAUGCUGUCAGUGAUUGGUAUGCUAAGAAAGGAUUUCAGCCUAUAUUCCAACAAGACGCAAAUGUGGACCCCGAUCAACCAUUUCCAAUUAUCAGCAUGAUCAAUGCACCGCAAGUCAUCGCCCUCGAGUUUUACUACAUCUGCCAAGUAUACCUCUACCUGUACAAACCCCGCACCUUGCAACAGGAUACAUCCACUACUACACAAGAAGACCGGCAUAGAGCUGCGAACGACUCGAUAUGCUCCAUCAUCGGCCUCGCCUCCUCUAACGCCUGGGUUGACGAUGCAAACUUUCCCGCUUGCCAUAUCCUAAUCACAUGCGGACAUCACAUCACAGAUCCACUACAGCGAGAUCAUGCGCUUCGAUUCUGUAACCACGUCAGUGAACACUUUGGAUACCGCACCAACAGGACGGCGGCUAUGUUGAAAUAUCAAUGGGCCGAGCACGACGCUUCGGAGAGCUGA